UGUUUUGCAGCUAUCACUGAGAUGAGGGAAGAAACCAAGCCCUACAUGUCAUUCCCAGGACGUUUCCCAAGGAGUCUGCAAGCUGAUCCCGCAUCAUUUUCCUUUCCUCAAACCAUUGGGUACCCACCAGCCUUGAUAUUUUCACCAGCCCAGCCUGAAAAACCACAUACAGGAAAUUCAGACGUUUCCAAGAUAACCUCUGCUGGGUCAAAGUUCCAUCUGCCUCUUGCAUUUAAUCACACAGUUGGACACAUAAUACUUUCUGAACACAAAGAUGUCAAAUUUAAUUGCUCAAUUAAUAUACCUAAUAUAUACCAGGACACUGAAGUUAUUUCUUGGUGGAAAGAUGGGAAGGAAUUGCUUGGGGCACAUCAUGCGAUUACUCAGUUUUAUCCAGAUGAUGAAUUUACAGCAAUCAUUUCUUCCUUCAGCAUAACCAAUGUGCAGCGUACUGACAAUGGAUCGUAUAUCUGUAAGAUGAAAAUAAACAAUGAAGAGAUUGUGUCAGAUCCCAUCUACAUCGAGGUGCAGGGACUUCCUCACUUUACAAGGCAGCCAGAAAGCAUGAAUGUCACCAGAAACACAGCCUUCAACCUCACGUGUCAGGCCAUAGGCCCACCUGAGCCAGUCAAUAUUUUCUGGAUUCAAAAUAGCAGCCGUGUUAAUGACCGACCUGAAAAAUCCCCCUCUGUUCUAACUGUUCCUGGUCUGACCGAGACAACAAUCUUCAGCUGUGAGGCUCAUAAUGAUAAAGGGCUAACCGUGUCCAAGGGUGUGCAGAUCAACAUCAAAGUAAUCCCCUCCCCACCGACUGCAGUCCAUGUCCACAACAGCACUGCACACAGUAUCCUGAUCUCCUGGGUCCUGGGUUUUGAUGGAUACUCUCCCUUCCAGAAUUGCAGCAUUCAGGUGGAGGAAGUUGAUGUACUGAGUAAUGGCUCACUCAUGGUUUUUAACACUUCUGCUUUGCCACAUCUGUAUCAAAUCGAGCAGCUGCAAGCCCUGGCUAACUACAGCAUUGGUGUUUCCUGCAUGAACGAAGUAGGCUGGUCUGCAGUGAGCCCUUGGGUUCUGGCCAGCACGACUGAAGGAGCCCCAUCAGUAGCACCUUUGAACGUCACUGUGUUUCUGAAUGAAUCUAAUAAUAAUGUGGAUGUCACAUGGGUCAAACCUCCAAUUAAGCGGCAGGAUGGGAAACUGAUGGGCUACCGGAUAUCCCACAUAUGGCAGAGUGCAGAGAUUUCUAAAGAGCUCUCUGAAGAAGUUGGCCAGAAUGGCAGCCGUGCUCAGAUUCCUGUUCGAGUCCACAAUGCCACGUGCACAGUGAGGAUUGCAGCCAUAACCAAAGGGGGAGUGGGGCCUUACAGUGAUCCAGUGAAAAUAUUCAUCCCUGAAUAUGCUUGGGUAGAUUUUGCCCCCUCAUCAACCCCGGCACCUGGCAACACAGAUCCUGUGCUCAUCAUCCUUGGCUGCAUUUGUGGAUUGGUUUUGAUUGGGUUGAUUUUCUAUAUAUCUCUGGCCAUCAGAAAAAGAGCCCAGGAAACAAGAUUUGGGAACAUAUUCACAGAGGAGGAUUCUGAAUUAGUUGUAAAUUAUAUAGCAAAGAAGUCCUUCUGUCGGCGAGCCGUGGAGCUCACUUUACAGAGCUUGGGUGUCAGCGAGGCACUGCAAAAUAAGCUGGAAGAUGUUGUGAUUGACAGAAGUCUUUUGGUUCUUGGAAAAAUUCUGGGUGAAGGAGAAUUUGGGUCUGUCAUGGAAGGAAAUCUUAAUCAGCAAAAUGGGACCUCUCAGAAAGUAGCGGUGAAGACCAUGAAGUUGGACAACUUUUCACAGCGAGAGAUUGAGGAGUUUCUCAGUGAAGCAGCGUGCAUGAAAGACUUCGACCACCCAAACGUCAUUAGACUUCUAGGUGUAUGUAUAGAAAUGAGUUCCCAAGGCAUCCCAAAGCCAAUGGUUAUUUUGCCCUUCAUGAAAUAUGGGGAUCUACAUACCUACCUACUUUAUUCCCGACUGGAUACAGGACCAAAGCACAUUCCUCUCCAGACACUGCUGAAGUUCAUGGUGGAUAUUGCCCUGGGAAUGGAGUAUCUGAGCAACAGAAAUUUUCUUCAUCGAGACUUAGCUGCUCGAAACUGCAUGUUGAGAGAUGACAUGACUGUGUGUGUCGCAGACUUUGGUCUUUCCAAGAAGAUUUACAGUGGUGAUUACUACCGCCAAGGCCGCAUCGCCAAGAUGCCUGUGAAAUGGAUCGCCAUAGAGAGUCUUGCAGAUCGAAUCUACACAAGUAAAAGUGACGUGUGGGCAUUUGGCGUGACCAUGUGGGAAAUAGCGACACGGGGGAUGACUCCCUAUCCCGGAGUCCAGAACCAUGAAAUUUAUGACUAUCUUCUCCAUGGCCACCGGCUGACGCAGCCAGAGGACUGUCUGGAUGAACUGUAUGAAAUAAUGUACUCUUGCUGGAGAGCUGAUCCCUUGGACCGACCCACCUUUUCAAUGUUGCGACUACAACUAGAAAAAUUCUUAGAAAGUUUGCCUGAUGUUCAGGACAAAGCAGAUGUCAUUUAUAUCAACACACAGUUGCCGGGGAGCUGUGAGGGCCUGGCAGAGGGCCCUCCCUUUGCUCAGCUAGACAUGAACAUCAAUCCUGACUCUAUAAUUGCUUCUUGCACUCCCAGCUAUGCAGUCAGCAUGGUCACAGCAGAAGUUCAUGAGACCAAACCUCAUGAAGAAAGGUAUAUCCUGAAUGGGGGCAGCGAGGAAUGGGAAGAUCUGGCUUCUGCCACCCCCACAACUGUGACAUCUGGAAAGGAUGGUGUUUUACUGGAGGACAGACUUGUAAGGAAUGGGGUCACUUGGUCUCAUUGUAGCACACUGCCAUUGGGGAGCACAUCACCAGAUGAACUUUUGUUUGCUGACACCUCCUCAGAGAAUUCAGAAUUCCUGGUGUGA